UCGAUCUGGGCUUGACUGGGUGUGCAUUGGCGCUUGGUCGUUCUAAAUCCUUAGCAUCACUAACCAUUUUCAACCAAAUAUUACAAUAACAAAAGCGAUAUACAUCUAACUGUUGUUCCUGAAACUAAAACGAAGCAUUUCACGUCCAUCCUGCACCUGAUGCUGAAUUCUACAUAUCCUUGAUGGCGCCAUGUGCUUGAGGUGGAAAAAGAGACUGGAUGAUCGGUGGGGGCAAGGGGGAACCUCAAUCUUUCGGGAAAAGGUCUGAAAAAGAUUGGAGUGGUGGAGUGGAUUCCACGGAGGCCCCCGGAUGUUGGUUGAUCCCUGCCUAACCACCGGCCUUCCCGCUCCUGUUCCUCCUUCAGGCAGAAUUGCCAUUUGAUGCAAGAUCGAGCAUAAUGGCCGCAUCGACAACAACGGCGAUAUCAACAUCUGCUUCACCACACACGCCUCCCAAGUCUUGGUCCCUGGACGAGUGGCAUCGGUUGUUGCGGGAGCAAUGCGUGUGCUACAAACAGGAACAGGUCCAAUCCGGCCUCAUUCAAGCCAUUCGCCGCCUGACCACUCAGGCCGAGCUCGAGCCCGCCCCGGCUCCGUGGACCCGCUUGAAAACCUGGGACGCCUGGCACCACCUCUUGCGAACGGGUCAGCGAGUGGGCGAGGCCGCCGAUGCGUGGCCCAUUUGCCCCGUCUGGAUACACGUCGCCCAAUGUCUCAAGCGACACAGCGUGCUCCUCGUGGCCACGCUCUUACGCCAAGGCCCAGGCGACACGUCUCAUGUAUUCGAGCGAUACGCUUAUCAAAGGGCGCUGCAAUCGGCCGUGGUCCUACUCGGUCAAACGGGCCAGUCCUCGGCCGAUUCUGACCCUACGCUGGCCUUGAUUGGUCGGGUGGCGUGGACUUGGAUGAACGCCCGUCAGUUUCAAUGCCUCGAGUCCUAUCUCCAAGAACGAUCCGAUGGGGGACCGCCCGAGGGGACCACUCGUCCAUUGUGCCAGGGCUGUCAGGCCACACCCAUCCCUGGCUCGUCCUGCCGCCCAGAUCGAGGGGAUCGGGUUCACCUGAUAGGUGAUCGUACCUCCGGCUGGCUGAUGUCCAAGCACGUGAUGGGCGAAUCGCUUCGAUCGAUUUGGAAGCGUCAAGGUCGAGAUUUGACGCGUUUGCAUGGCGGACAAGUGGAUUUCUUGUCGCUUUGGCGGGCAUUGGUAUCGGUCCAAUCCAAUUUGGGCGUGUCAGCCUCGCGCGAAUUUCAAAGCGGCCUUAAACCCCUGCUGGAAGGCUUGCCUCGUUUGACCGAUCCGGUGGCCGCUCGGCUAGGUUUAGACGUGUUGCACGAAGUGCUGUGCUAUGGUAGCACAUUGGCAUUGCAGGAUUCCGUGUGCGACGGCGCUCUGCAUUUGGCCAAAGAUGUUCUCCGAACGUUCGAAGAAAAGCAACUCGAAAAAAUUGCGGCUAAUUGUCCCAGUCAUCUCUCUGGGUUCUUGGGCACUGUGCAGGUGCCGCCGCCCGCCAGUGGCAACGGCCAAAUGCUUUUACUGGAAUCGGUCGUGUUACUGGUGGUCAAAGCUAUGGCCGUUCUAGUGCGUGAGGGCUUUUACUGUAGCUCUUCCGAAGAUAGUGAUACCAGCCUCAGUUCUCGGACCAGUUCGUGCGAGGAGGAACACGGUUUGAUCGAGCGCAAGAUCGCCGGUCAUCUGCGUCAUCUCCACGAGCUGAUGGUGGGCAGUUUGGCUCUGCUGCCAAGCGCCACGCUUUUGGAAGCUUGGGUGAUGCUCUUUUUGGAACGCGAUGAUGCGAUGCUGGAAAGCAUGUUAUGUCUCUUGGACAUUCACGCCUUGCUCCGCGGCGGAGCAGGUUCCAUGGGGGGCGGAGCUGGAUCGUCAUCGGCCGUGUUUCCCGGACUUUCGAUUGACCCGGUGUGGUUGUUUCACAAGUAUAUGUCCGAAUGCGCCUGGGAUGGUUCGGUCUUGUUAGAUUUCUUGCUGUCUAAAGAAACUUGUUGCUUGUUGUACUUACUUCGGUUUCUAAAGUAUCUGAAUCGCCAAGAUAAAGCUUCCAUUCCGCGACGAGUACGGUCGUUUCUGGGUGAGUUUCACGGCUCUUUGCUUCAAUUAACUCGGAAAGAGCUCUUUCCAUAUGAUAUUAAGCCUCUCUUGGAGCAAUUUCGAAAACUGACGAUGCCCAGUCCAUCGGACUUGGAAGACGUUGGACCUCCGUCCUCGCCAUAAAAUAUGUGACCAAGUUUUACAAUAUUGAACGUGAAAUUAGGCUGUGAAAACAAUAAAUAUGAAAUUCUUUUUAAGAAUUUGAAUGCGUCUGAAUCAUAUGCGCCAUCCACGUUCGAACUCGAGACUGCCCUUUUAAUGGCUACGCCUUCCUUUCUUCGAUUCCCUUCCUUGAUACUGAAAGGAAUGAAUAAUAAUACCUACAUGCCCCAAAUCAGGUUCGUUGAUGUUAUGAGCCCAAGGCUCGGCCCCAAGCCCAUACAUUCC